GGGUCGACCUCGCUGAGGCUCGGGAGAGCCACGGACACGCUGCCCGUGGGCAUCCCCCACGUGCUGGCGCGGCGGCACAAGCAGCCCGGGCAGCCCGCCUACCGCGACAGCUGGCUCCUGCGCGACGGGCUCAACAAACCUGAAAGUACUGAGCAGAGACAAAAUGGCCUUAAAAUGGUGGACCAAGCAAUAUGGUCCAAAAAGAUGUCAAACGGUGCAAGGCGUAUACCAGUGUCACCUGAUCAGGCUAGGUCAUACAACAGACAGAUGCGGCCAGCUAUUUUGGAUCACAGCUCUGGGGCCAAGUGGACAAACACAUCAAAUCAUCCAGAAUAUUUGGUAGGAGAAGAGGCGCUAUAUGUUAAUCCGCUAGAUUCUUACAAUAUUCACUGGCCUAUUAGAAGAGGGCAGCUGAAUCUCCACGCAGGACCUGGUGGUUCCCUCACUGCAGUAUUAGCAGAUCUUGAAGUUAUAUGGUCACAUGCAAUACAAAAAUAUCUGGAAAUACCAUUGAAGGACCUAAAGUACUACAGAUGCAUUUUGCUAAUUCCAGACAUCUAUAAUAAACAACACGUGAAAGAACUGGUAAAUAUGAUCCUAAUGAAGAUGGGCUUCUCAGGAAUUGUGGUACAUCAGGAGUCUGUGUGCGCUACUUUUGGAAGUGGUUUAAGCAGUGCAUGUAUAGUAGAUGUGGGAGAUCAGAAGACAAGCGUUUGCUGUGUAGAAGAUGGUGUUUCCCAUCGCAACACCAGGUUGUGCCUUGCAUAUGGAGGAUCUGAUGUAUCAAGGUGUUUUUACUGGCUUAUGCAACGAGCUGGGUUCCCAUAUAGAGACUGUCAGUUAACUAAUAAGUUGGAUUGCCUUCUGCUUCAGCACUUAAAGGAGACGUUCUGUCAUCUAGACCAGGAUAUUUCUGGACUGCAAGACCAUGAGUUCCAAAUUCGUCAUCCAGAUUCUCCCGCUUUAUUAUACCAGUUUCGAUUAGGGGAUGAAAAAUUACAGGCUCCAAUGGCUCUGUUUUAUCCAGCAACUUUUGGAAUUGUUGGGCAAAAAAUGACAAAUUUGCAACACAGGUCACAAGGUGACCCUGAGGAUCCUCAUGAUGAGCAUUACCUGUUAGCCACACAAAGCAAGCAGGAGCAGUCUGCGAAAGCUACGGCUGAUAGAAAAUCUAUGUCCAAGCCUGGUGCAUUUGAGGGAGACUUGCGAGGCCAGGCCUCAGACAUUUCAGAGAGGAUCUACCCUCAAGAAGUGGAACUGGGAUCUUCUCAGGGUGAUUGUAUGAUAUCUGGAAAUGAUUCAGAGGAACCUUUAACUGCACACAUGUCCAGGAAAACAGCUAUCUCUCAGUUUGAAGGCAAAGCCUUAGGCCUUGACAAAGCCAUUCUUCAUAGUAUUGAUUGCUGUGCAUCUGACGAUACAAAAAAGAAGAUGUACAGCUCCAUCCUAGUAGUGGGAGGAGGCCUUAUGUUUCAUAAAGCUCAAGAGUUUCUUCAACACCGAAUUCUCAACAAAAUGCCACCCUCUUUCAGAAGAGUUGUUGAAAAUGUUGAAGUCAUUACAAGACCUAAGGAUAUGGAUCCCCGCUUAAUUGCGUGGAAAGGAGGUGCAGUUUUGGCCUGUCUUGAUACAACUCAGGAGCUAUGGAUAUAUCAGCGAGAAUGGCAACGUUUUGGUGUCAGAAUGUUACGAGAGCGAGCUGCAUUUGUGUGGUAAUUGAUAUGUUUACCGUGGAGUAUGUUUAAUUAAACAUUCCUUUCCCCAAAUGCCACUUGUUCCAGUGCAGAGGUAUUGAUCUGCUACUGCUGAGUGUUUUUGUAUUUUACUGAAACUGAGUCUGAGAUUUUUCCAGAAGUAGUGCAACUACUGAGUGAGAAGGUAUUACCUUCAGCAUUGCUAUACCGCAUCUUUUAAAUUGUAUUGAUUGAAUUCUGUAUGUACAGUGUCACAGUUGUCUCCAAAUUCGUAUCUAUAUAAUAUAGGUUGUCUUGUAUAUUAAAAAUGCAGAAGAUGGGUAUUUGAUGUAUUAAAUACUGAAGUGGCAGAUGUUAAGCCAAGAUUCAUUCCAGAUGCACAUACAUUACCACAGAAGCAAGAGCUGCAGACUGCAAUCUGUGGACUUAACAAGGCAUUCUGAUUCCUACUCUAGUGUUACUAGGAGAAAAAAAAUUGUUAUGUAAGCGAUCACCGUGAAAGAAGUGAAACGGAGGACUUGUACUACUGUUUUUGGUAUUUUGCUUCUAAAAUAAAUUGUAUUAUAUAUUGGAAAAACUUUUAGAAUGUAAAAGUGGAUUAUUUUUUCUUGCCUGUUCUCACCCUCGAGAACUCUUGUUAAUUUCUCACUGUUGCUGGCUAGUUAUCCACUCUUCUCCCUAUUUAAAAAAAACAGUAAAGCACACCUAAGAGAGCUAUGUCUGUUGUUUCACAGCCAGGACUAAUCUCAAUCCUAUGGUAUGAGCAAGUGGGCAUUUGCCCCCGACCAGUAAUCUUCAGUUACAAAAGUGAUCAAAGACCAGGAUGCCAUUUGUGGUUUUAAUUUCUGUUAAGGAGAGUCCCACCACCUCAAAUCUGUAUCUGCAAUUUGAAUCUAGAUAAAAACUAUUAGAACACUUCUAACAAGAUAGUAAAAAUCAAAGAGCAAUUAAUGUCAUGUCUAGAAAGAACUGACUUAUUUUUAAUCUGCUGUCAAUACAAGUUCUGGAGAAAAAAGAAUACUUCCAGCCACUUGAGUCUGUAAGUACCUGAACGUAUUGUACUGCAUGCUGUGGUUACAUUCCUCUAUUUCAUUUAAGACUGUGACCUCUGUCUGCCUUUUAUUGAAGAUCUACACAAAGAAUUCAAAACUUUAGAUCUUACUCUGGCAAGAUUAGAUGUUCCUGCUAGGUUUUUGGUGGUGCUAUUUUUAAAAGGUCUAGAAUUCCAAUCAUAGCUUAUAAAUAUAUAUAGAGAGAGAGUUAUACAAAAGCAGCUAGAUUGUGACUGUAGAAGUACGUAUGUACAAAGAUCUUGUUAGGCUUUGUUGAUCUACAACUGGUUCUCUACAGCAAGCAUUUCAAAACUUCUCACCAGCGGGUGCUGACACCUGGACACGCUGAAGGCGGAGG